CCUGAUUCAGUUAAGCAGGAGGUCAAUAGACAACUACUAGUAUUUGCAUUGAGGACCCUUUCUCUUAAGCAACAGAGAUCGUCGUCUUUGACUCGACGAGAAGAUGAAAAGGACGAAAGAGCAAGAGAUACAGCGACAAGCUGCCGCACUGGGCGGCGGGUCGUCGACAGCUGGUGGCUCCUCUCCCUCUUCCAGGCCGCCUCCACAGCAACCAGCCGCGCCGGCCCCCGGUUCGGGCGCGGUGCAACCAAUCGAGGAAGAAAGAUUCGACCUAACCACUGUCGCUGGGAGACAGAGGGCACAUGCCGCUGCGCGCGCCGCGGCGGCAAAUUUUUCGGAGCAUGGCGCGCAAGAUUUCGACAGGGAUUUCGAACAGUAUCUCAUCGUCGAGGAAGCGAAGCGGAGGAAAAAAAAAUGGAAUUAUGCCAAAGCGUUCGGAGGAGCAGCAGUAGCCGCAAGUUCCGGAGCCUUCUUCGGAAUACCACUCGCGGCGAUGGUACUUGAUGAAUGAAGAUAGCAAGAGUAAGACAAGCAUCAAUAGCCUCUGUCUACUUUGACAUAUUUGACAUAGAAGGCAACAUUCAUUUUCAUAUUAAAAAAAUUUUGGACUUUCAUCGUGCCUGUGACGCUGAAUAGAUUAGGAGAAGAAGCCUUUUUUUCGAAUAAUCUUCGACAUUCUUUCAUCAAUGGGAGAGGUAUUCCUCGGAGCUGCCGGAGCGGGAUUCGGAUAUCGUUUGAACCGAUCUGGAUGGAAGGGGAUGAGCGAGGAAAAACUGAAGGCUCUUGCUGAUGAAGAGGCGCAGGCUCACUCGCCGCGACGGCGAUACGCUACGCACAAACGCUUUCUUUUAUGGCUACUUACUUACUUCUUUGGGUGUGGCUAGCGCUAGCUACCCUCAGUCACAGUACGAGCCAAAAGCAAAAGGAUUCUUUUUCUCCUCUAAUAUUGCAAGCAAAUCGAGCAGCCCCAACUCUGAAGCGUGUAAGGUUUUUGAUCAAAUGGGCUCAGAUCAAGCUCGACGAGAUUGAGGAAGGGGACCACCCAGGCGUCAUCCAGCUCAUGGAUGACGUCGUUUCGGAAUUCUCUCUAGUUGUCGAAGCAGCAAAAACCAGCCUUUCCACCGAGUCGGAAAGAGUCAAGCUCCUCUGCUUUGUGCGUUUCCUGGAGAAAAUUCGAGUCUACAAAAAAUUCGCUCAAGCAAAUCAGGUACGCUGUGAUCGUCCUUGGUGACGUUUAUUCAAUGAUUUGUUGUAUUAGACUCUGUCUUUGACUGCUUGAGGUAGCUUAUGCUUAUAGUCGCCACCGCUUCCGUGACGUUGAAUUGAAAUGCAACAUCGAAUGGACGGAGAGCUCGCACUACGUACGUGGAUGGAGGGUCUUUUCCGCCAGCUUCCCUGAAGAUCGUGUUGUUGGGCAUCUUCCACCAGGCAUUUACAUAAAACAUAACCAGGUCUGGCUCAAGAGCUGGGAAGAAUCUGCGCACGCGAAGGAUGUUAAAGAAGCAAUGGUUUUACCCUCCGACGCGUGGUUGCGAUUGCAAUUCGUCUUCCCGACAAUAAUCAAUAUCGCGAAAAUUUUGUCAGCACACGAAGAAGUAAAUAAGAAGAACAAAGCUUUCGGGUGCGCUGUCAUGACCGCGAGCGGGGGAAGCAUGUAUGGCCUUUGGGCGUCGAAUACAUUAUUUACACCCCACAGAGCAGUUUAUAGCACGCAUGGAGCGCAUGGAGCGCCGACCCAUAAGGGACGCAAGAAGCGCCCUCUUUAGCUUCAUGCAACUCCAUGCGAUCCAUGCACUCCCAUGCGAGCCGGCAAACCUUCUAAAUUGCUCGGGCCUCAGUGUAUGUAGAAGCCUUGGCUCCGGCUUGGUGUUGUUCUAUCGUUUCUCUUGUUUGAGGUUCUUCAAUUUUUGCUAUUCUUGAGCAAGAUUCAUCGUUCACCUUGGCACUUUUGUUCCUGCCUUCAUGCUCUGCCCGUCGGAUGCAUACUUUCCCAUUUCAUACUUGCCUGAACGCAAUUGACCAUCUGGCCGAUUGGUGUUAUUCUGUCUUGAGCAUGAAGCGCGUGAAGCGAUUUUUACAAGAUUAUGAGGACGUUGCGCUUCAGAAGAACUGGGAUCAAGAUUCAGACCAAGGGACCAUCGGACCUGCAGGUAACGCUCCCCGGCCAUGCUCUAGCUCGGGAUCUGGAGGAGCGGUGGAAAGCGGUGUGGCAAGAGAUGAUGAACCUGUGAACGCUGGACAACAAGCUGUACUGGAUCCACGUGAUAACAGGAAACAAAAGGAAACAACGUCGGGAGCGUCAUUCCCAACCAAACCAGGAGCCGGUAGUGGUCUGUCGGCGUCGAAGUCGGGUAAACAAAACAACGCAUCUUUUUCUUCAAUUCCUUCCUCGCAAGGGGGCGCAAGCGACGCGUCAGCACCGGACGCCGUGGGCGCGAACCCUUCGACGCAAACGACUGCGCCUGGCGGAUCGAGUUUGGGAUCCUCUUCCUCAGAGAAUCUCACGCCGCAACAGCUGGAUCGAUUGCAACGAGUUUCACAGGCCACCAGUACGGGGUUUGUGUCCCCAUUGCCUGCGCAGAGAGGCAACCAACAAGGACCACCCGCCGACGACGAAGGUAGUGACUACUUUCCGCCAGAGGGCGCAGAAGACGAGUUUCAAGGAGAAUUAGAGGAGGAUGAGUUUCUAGAUGCAGAGUCGUACUACGAGGAUGACGAGGAACUGCAGAGGGACCUAGAGGAGUUGAAUGCAGUCAUGUCACCACCUGGCGAUCACAAGGCAGCCGCGACAAGAAUGAAGAACGCAGGAGGAAAUGGAAUUUUCACGCAGACCAUGAAAUUCUCACCAAAAGACAGGGUGGGCCUGCCGCUUUCAUCCGGCAGUCCACGGUCAGCAGAUACGGGACUAAAAGGCUUACGGGAGAAGGACUGAUCUGUGCUACUUCGACGGACAACUUCUAUUACCAAGUUCUACGUUGAACAACUGAGACGCUCUGUAAUAUUCAGUAACACGAUGUUUGAGAAUUCUAUUUAAUGUCAGGAAUCGGAAUGCAGCUACAAUAAAAAUCCAAAUCCAAAGCCUUUCUGAGUGGGAAAGCGUAUCAAGACCAAGAUGAAGAUACUUUCGCUGACCGCUUUCAUACUCUUCCGAGCGCGUCGUUCAACGAUUUACUGGAGAUUGGAAGGUAAUGCCGUAUGAGUUAAACGCCGCAGCGCAUUCUCCUAUUUGUCCUUGCGUUCUUACCGAAGCAGAAGGCAAGAACGCGAAUAGCGCUUGGAGCAACAGUUUUUCCAUACAUCAAGUACGAGGACCGAACUACCUUGCUGACAAGAAAAAGAUCCCUGCUGGCCUGCCACUAUCGCCUACCCUUUGUCUGGAUCUCUGCUCUUCGGAAAAAGACGUGCUCUGCUACUACAAGCAUCCUGACGGAUACGCGCAGGUACCACUGAAAGGAAGUCUUUUGUUUUCAUCUUCGGCAAAACUUGAACGCUGUCAGUUGGCUAGCGGUGAGCUAGUACAUCUACAUAAGUACAAUUUUUCUGCGAAUCAAAUUCGCCUCCUCAUGAAUACCUCUUUUUCCAUCUUCUUGUUGUCAUCCGCCACCAGCACUUUCGCCGGGCCGGCGAGGGUCGUUUUCUGUUUGUGAUCAAUUUUCGUUUUGCUCCGAAGCAGGCUGUGUCCGUUCAUGCUUUGAGCCGCGAGGAGUACGAAGAUCCUCUGUUUCAAAAGUUUUUGGCGCUUCCAGCCGAGAGCAAAAGCAAGCGCUUCAAAUUGAUUCCUUCCAUCGUGGAGGGUCCGUGGCUUGCCCGCACAACGGUUCCCACCAAGCCGGCGCUAGUGGCGACAAAGAUUAAGUCCGAAUGGUUCCAAGGACCAGACUUCGUCGAAGUCAGCAUCGACAUUUUUUCCUCGAGUGCGGCGCGGGCGAUCCUGGGGGUUGUUAUCAGCGCUACCAAGAAACUGGUUGUGGAGUUGGGUUUUCUCAUCGAGGCACAGCUACCUGAAGAACUGCCAGAGAAACUGCUCAUGGGUACCAAUUUAGGAGGCCUUCUGCAGCUACAACUUUUUGUUGCGAUGUCGCUCAUGUUCAUUAUCAUCCUCUUUCUCAUCGUGAUGUCUAUGAUUUGAUUGUCAAUUCUGUCUACUUCUUGAAGAAGCCGAACCACUUACACUAAAUGUAUUACCACCAUUUUUUCAUUAACUUGUAGUUGAAGUUGUACUUGUGAUCGUUCUUCUUCUUUCAAUCGAAACGUGUUAUUCCAGGUUGGCGGGCGUGGAAGAUGAACUUAGACGCAAGUGCAAUCCGCGACUUGAAACCCGCGCCGUCAGACGCCUACGAUGUCAGCGAUGUACGGGUGGACUGUUAAAGCUUGAAGAAUUAUAUCAUACUACUUGAAACAGAAACACAAACAGUCCUGGUCUUCUUGUCUAAAGCUGAAAGGAUGUAAAGUUUUUUGGUCUUCUUCGAUGCAAAAGUAAUCAAUAUUCUCAACCACCUCGCCGAAGAACCCCGACAUUUAGAGUGCUGUCGCGAAUGGGUGCGAGGAUCAUGAGCGUACUUAUAUUUAUAUAAAUAUUAUUACUCUUUCAUACCCCCACCACCACCUUUAUACAUAUUAUUAGAUAUUUAGAAAAUUAACCCAAAUAUAACAGAGAGUAAUUACAGCCAGCUAGUGACCGGUACUCUUCUGGUCUGCCUUCUUCUCCUUUCCAAAAUACUCUUAGGAUGAGAGAAAUGAAAGGAAGUCUUUGAACUUCGACUCAAGAAGCGAAUCAGUGACUAACUAAUGACUGCGCCUACAAUCUAAACAUUUCGUCACCCUUCUUAUUGUGUGAAGAAAAUCAAUACCAAAGCCAAACAAAAGCAAUUCAUUGGAAUUGAAUCAUCCAAAGACACGAUGAAUCAAACCCUAACGCUUUGUUUCUACAGUGCACGCAAUAGACUGCAGAGGGCAGCAGGUGGAGAUUAUGAUGCUCUUAAGUAGAUUAUGCUUAAAGGUUGCUGGGACUGCUGCUGGUGAAAUUAUUUCCAUUUUCCAUAGCGAUAUCGAUAACGCACAUUGAAUUCGACACCAAUAUCAUUUGUUAACCAAGAAUGAGAGGAAAUGGGUAAAUUUGAAUUUUCAGAAUUGGUAAAGUUGCAGUACGAUGGAUGAUGUAACUCGGACACAGAGGCGUCUAAAAUACCGCUCCAGCUUUGAUGUACAAAACGGUUUGUCGCAGUAUGGCUUAAAUGAAAAAACAUAAACAUUCUUAUGCCAUUGUUGCAGCUCCUUGUGUAUUAAACUAGGUACUCAGUUUCAUUGCUAUUGAUGAACAAGAACAGAAACAUUAACGAGCACGAUCCUUGUCGUGGAUGACAUUUUAGCUAGGUAGACCUACGAGAAUUGACUUUGAGCAGAACAUGACAAGAAAACGAGUGGGACAAACCAAAGCACAGACGACUCGCUUCUUGUUGUAUCUGAUGCUAACCUGCAACUGUCUGCAGCGAAUGGCAUUGAUUCUGAAGACUAACAGGCUCAUGGAUGAGGACAAUUAUGACUGGAAAGUGAUGUGCCACUGGCACCGAAAAUACGAGAAUGAGCUGAGGGUAAGUUGUAGAAACAUUAAACAAUCACAACAUGCAUAACGUCGAAUUGACGACCACUCAAAUGAUACAGAGUGCAC